AUGAACACCGAGCCAAAGGAGGAGAAGGACACGACACUGUCGGAGCGUAUUCGACAAUUGCACCGGCGUAUCGAGCGUGCGAAGCCGAUUUUCAACCAGCAUGAGAGAGGGGAACUGUGUGUGAUGAACGAUGACCAGCGGCGGCAAGUGAACAUGUACCCGAUGUGGCUCGAGGACCUCAAAGAGCUGAGGCAGGGUCGCUUGCCACCCGUGCGCACGUAUCAGCCCCCAAAGGAGGAAUUCACCACACAUAUCGAAAACACGAAGACGAUGACAGACGUUGAAGAAGCUCCAACAGAGAUGGUACAAGAAGCAGAGCCGGAACCGAAUACCCUAGAGGAGGUGGAGGUACCGCGGUGUGAAAACGAACCAGUCGCUGUGGCGGAUUACGAGGAGAAUGUCGAGAACGAUCAACAACAAGUGGACACCAAAGACAGGGAGAGGGACGGGCCGAUAAAGCAGACUGACCCUGCUGACGGAUUCGUCGGGGAUCCUGAAGCCGACAAGGAACGCGUUGUUGGCCGUUUGUGCUCUCUUUUGCCACGAGCUCGUGAGUCCUUCCUGAAGAAAUACAUUGAAAGGAUCACAGAUACGAAAGAACUGCGUGGCGUCAAGAAGCGGUAUGAGACGGCCAGUAACGUGCGCCAAAAGAUUCUUAAGGGCUCCAUUAGCCGUCCCUCUAAGGUGCAGCUGGAUUUGGUCAGUGAAUUGCCGGAGCUUCGCCGCACUCUGAAUGUUCUCAAACAACAUGAGAAGAAGGAGCAGCAGAGACUGACGCAGUUUUUCCUGCAACACCUCGAAGUAAAAGAAAAAGAGGAGGAGUUGGCGGUGGCGAUGGCGGUGGAAAAAGAAGAAGAAAAAGAAAAUGAGACAGAUGAAGGGGAAGCUCUGCCAUUAUCCACGGAAGAGAAAACUCCGGCUGAGGAGAGGCAUAACAGCGGUAACGGGAUGGGGGAAGCUGACCCCUCCAUGUUCCGUGCGCCAACACCCACUACCCAUGUGAUGGAGCAGGCUGGAGGCUCGGAAGCGAAAGUGCAAGCAGAGGCAGCAGCACUGUUGUCUUCACAGACAACAACACAAUUAACGGAGCGAGCAGAUGCGGGGAGGGUUGGAGAUGACGGUACCCACCCACUGGGUUCUAGUGGACUGAAUGGCAUUACGAAGGUUCACGAUGAGAUUUUGCCGCAAGCUUCCCAACGAGGAGAGAGUGAUGUGCAGGCUUUUUCUGUUUCCAGUAGAAGCAGUGUGUGCGAGUCUGCGACCGCCACGGCAGCGGCCACCUCUCCAGGUGUCAGUCACGGUGUUGGUGUGAGUAGCAGCAACAGUAGUGAAAAGGAUAGAGGGCAGACACCCCAGAGUGUCAUUGAGUGGUCUAGAGUGAAAUACUUCAAGAACAGUGUGCGCCUGGAAAUCAAGGCGGUGAUACCUCCCCAAGAACGGAAUCAACAAACGCAAAAUAAGAGGAAAAGUUCGAGCCCAUCUCAACGUCGGGAUGAUACUGCUGCUAAUGCUCGCAAGAAGAAGAAACGCGCGGGUGCAAGGAAUCGAAUGACAGGAAAAUCAUCGCACUUGGUGAUGGAGGAGUUAAAGUAUGUUCAGCUGCAUAUGCCUUUUUCUGGUGGAGACGAGACUGCUGAGGUUUGUGAGAAGAUCAUCGAUUCAGAGGAGUUGGAAACACGAGCAGCCACGGUGCUUCGAAGAAUCGAGAGGGAAUUUCAGUACAUACAGCGGCACCCCGUUCCGCGUGUUGCUCUCGCUGGCUCUCGCGUAUUGCGCAGCGGCGAUAGUAGUAGUUACUCUUCUUGGAGGGGUGAUGGGAGAAGCGAAGAUACAACGAUUGCCGAAUGGCUCGUUCUUGUGUCCCCAUCGGACGGGCCACUUGCAGGACAGGUUGUUCGCGUCAUGGUGGCAUUUUCACAGCAGUAUCCGUUUGUUCCCCCGCUUGUCUACUCGACGGUGUUCCUACCGUUAACAUCGGUUAUGGUGUCCGAGAGUGGUCAAGCCAAUACGCUUCGUCUGCCGUGGGUGUGCGCCACUUCCUCAGUGUGUGGAGGUAAUGGCGUUCCCUAUGUUAAAUCUACUGUAUGGCAAUCGCACUACACCAUGCACGGCUUGCUGACACAACUACAGAACUUCUUCGGUGAAGAGGCGUUUGCAACGUCCCGUGAGGCGCUUGGUGAGGAGCUGUACCGCCGCAGCGUUUGGGAGGCGCGGCUGGCGUGUGGGCGGCUGACAGCGAACUAUCUUGCAGGUGGGGUGGACGGUGAGUUUCCCUUUCGUACGGCGCUAGAGGUGGCGAAUGGUCCCUUUCUUGUUCUCUCCGCCACCGAUGACAAUGAUGAAUGCGGUGAGGCAAACAAAGAGGGGGUUGAGGAAGUACAGGAAAAUGCAACCCCUCGAAACUCUGCAACCUGCUACUACGAGGAGGGAGUGCAGGGCGCUAUUCAUGGUCCGUUUGAGGGCUGUUGGGGUCACUUGCUCAUGAUGACUCCCACAGAAAACACCAUUGGGGGUGUGAAGGAAGAAAACGAUUCAACAAUGCGGGGAGUCGUAGGCCCUGUUUUAUCUAUUCGCCUCGUGGCUUCUGCAGGAAAGUCACUACCCAAGUUGGAACUUAUUGCUGUUUCUCAGCGAUCGAUAUUGAAAAGAAAGGACAACUGGGCAGAGUCGAUUCUCAAGCAGUGCCAUGUAGAGGGAAAGGACGGUGAUGGCAGGCAGCAGACACUCUCUGGAUCAAACAUUCUUGCACGGUUUCCUGUGAACCUAAACACUGAUGAUGAAGGAAGUACUGUUGUGUGUCUUUUUUUUGAAGAUGAUGGUGAGUCGCGCCCACCGCGUUGCGUGGAAAAUGACGAAUCACGUCUAACGCGCGUACACCUCCCCACGAACAGUGCCUUCCUUCAAAAGAAGCAUGAUUUGACCCCAUUGGCGUGGGCCGUUGUACUGCGCGUCGCGGACGGAGACUUCUCUACCGCAAUCUUCACCGUGCCAGCAGUGGGGAAAGAGACCGAGGAGAUUGUUGUAGAAUCAGAGAUGAGGACUUCCCAUGGCAUUGCAGCGGUCGUAAAAGAAGCUGCGUCUCUCCACAUGGAGUCUGCGAGUAUCAAUUGCGAUUCGUCACUCUUUUGCGUAGCCUCGCUUGAUACGGAGGCGGUGACGGAGCAGCUGGGGGUUAUGUGUGAAGUGCGUCACCCGGUCCCUUCAACACACUGUUUUGUACCGGAAGAAGUCGUUGUGCUCCCCAAUGUGGUUGUCGAGGAAGGCGUAUUUGACGUGUACUUCCCCCCGGCAUACAGUGGGAAGAAGUUCUUCAUAAGUACUACGCCUGUUGCGUCCUGUACACUUUUCUUGCCCCUGGCGAAACCAGAUACAGCACUGCAGGCAGAAACAAUGAGCCGUCUCAAACUCAGCAUCACGCAGUUGCACCGCAAUCCAGACGCUUCUACGGCGUAUACACCACCCUUAAAGGUAGCUGAGACGCUGCGUUUCUUUGUUCUUGCGUUAAGCGGCCUUGCGAGGCAAUGGGCGGAGCUCCAGGGUGCCACAGAAGAAGAAAACGAAAAACGAAUGCAUCAAUUGGAAACCGUGUACACGCGCAUCUUGUGUACAUUCGCGCAGCUUACCCGUGAAGAGACCGCGUUGGAUGAAUUGUGCCGAAACAUAUCCGCUACCAAUGACCCGUUUAGGCUCUCACGGUCUCUUUGCAAGGCUUUGUGCAGAACAGGGGGGGAUGAUGAGGAUGAGGAAGAGGGAACAGCUCUUGUGAAGUGGAUUUUAGCAUCCUGGUACACAUGUACCGUGUGCAGCAAAACGGCAAACGAUGCUGCUGACGCCAGCUCUACAACUACCACAGGAGCGAUCAAAACGAACUGGGUCGCCAACACCACGAAAUUUCUUAGACACUUGAACGAGAAAGGGAAAGAGAGCCUGGUGCCCGAGGCUCAGUUGCACGCCAAGCUUUGUGGUGCUGCCAUAAUAACUGAGUAA